UGUUAAAUCGUGUUGCAUUUAAAAAAAAGAAAUUACUGUGUCGUAACCUUGAGUUCCAAAUAGUUAUUGCUGUGUUGAACGCAGUAGGACCGUUAUGCUUUACCUGUGAUAUGCUUUAUAUAUGGACAUGUUUAUCAAUUUACAAGCACACUUUUACAAUGACCGUCAACUUUCUUUACCGUUAAGGUAUUUGUCUAGAGUUUGGCUUAACUAAAAGGUAAAUGCAUUUAAUUAUACUCGAAUUUUGUCUGUUCCUUCAUGGAUAUAUUUUCAACUUUGCACUUUUAAGAACUGAAACUUCAACAAAAUAAACAAGUGGCAAAAUGAGAAGUUCAUCAAUCUCUGAUGGAACUAAGUCUGGCGAUACUUUAAGUCACAGAGAACAUAUUCAAUCAAUAUCUAGACGAGUUCUAGAUCUGAUCACUAAAAAUGAGGAAAAAACACCGGUUGUUUUCUGUCAGUUGGAUUUAUUGACAAAGACUGACGAGGAGGUAGUGUGGAUUGAGUCUGCAAGAUGGGUUAAGUAUGAAGAGGAUGUUGAAGAGAACGGAAAACGUUGGUCAAAACCACACGUCUCCGCUGUAACAUUACACUAUCUUCUUGAGUUAAAGACACAGAUGUCAACAGGAGCAAUACUACUAGAGGCUGAUGUCAGAAGUAUGCAUGAACUAGCUGAACUGGUCUCUGAUGAGCUAGCAAAAAUAAGAACGAUAACGAAAAAUACUCAAAAUUCAAUAAGAUCCAUAUUGUUAACAAGCCACGAGCACGAGCAAAAACGUAAACACAGAGCUUCGAAGAUGGAAUCAAACAUAAUAACACAUUGUAAGAUGCCAAAAACCAUCAGUGAUACAGAAUUUGCUAGAAAAAGAGCUCAACAUGACGAUAAUGACUUGCAAAAUAACGACAAGCAAGAGACAUCUCCCUUGGUGAAAUUCAAUACACCCUUUAUGAAAAAGAUCCCUGAAGGUGCAGAAGUUGCAAAUGUAUGGGUUGGUGAAUUAGAAGAUUUGAAAAAACCAGUCACAGCAUUCAUUCGAUUGGUUGAACCCAGAUUCAUUGGUGACCUAUCACAAGUGGCGCUACCUACUAGGUUCAUUUUUCUUCAUCUUACUCCGAAAUCUGAACCGAGUUAUGCAUUUGAAAUAGGGAGAGCAAUUUCGAAUAUGAUGGUCGAUGAGAUAUUUAGUGAAGUUGCAUAUAAAGCAAAAUCACGAGAAGACAUUAUGCAUGGAUUCGACGAAUUUUUAGACCAGCUAACAGUACUUCCACCAGGUCAAUGGGAUCCUGAUGUACGCUUAGACCCACCAACCACAGCACCUUCUCAGGAAAGACGAAAUUUUUUCUCGACAAAAUCCGACUCUCAAGAAAAGGACCAAGAGCAAAAAGACGAUACACUAGAGCGGACCGGGAGAUUGUUUGGAGGUCUUAUAAAAGAUGUAAAACGAAAAAUUCCUUUUUACAUCAGUGACUUUAGAGAUGGUUUACAUAUACAGUGUAUUGGUUCUAUACUGUUCAUGUAUCUAGCUACACUGGCACCUAAUAUUACAUUUGGAGCUUUUCUGGGUCAGGAAACAGACCAGCAUAUGGGUACAAUGGAAUGUCUUUUAGCCGUUGCAUUUGUCAAUCUGGCGUUUGCAUUGUUUGGUGGACAGCCACUUAUUAUAAUGGGUAGUACCGGUCCUGUUUUAGUACUUGAGAUUAUAAUUUAUAGAAUGUGUAGGGACAACACGUGGGACUUUAUGUCAUUUAGAUGUAUGAUAGGUCUGUGGUUAGCUCUGUAUUUACUCAUCAUCGUUGCCUUUGACUUGAGUGCAUUAGUUCGUUAUAUCACCAGAUUUACUGAAGAAAGUUUUGCUUGCUUAAUAGCUAUUAUUUUCAUUGUCGAAUCUAUUAAAAAGAUCAUAGCAAUUGCUGACACACAUCUUUAUAAUACACAACAAGACAUACCAUUUAACUAUGCAUGCUAUUGUGUUCCUAAAAAUCAGACAGGAAACUUCACUACUACGCCAACUUCUUAUUCGGUUUUGAAUUCAACGAUGAAUUCAUCUAUACAAUGGAAUAGUCUAACGAAGGAGGAUUGUGAUGCUCUAGGAGGCAUCUUGGAAGGUUCCGGUUGUAUUUACCAUGAUAAUGUGUUUUUCUUAUCUAUCAUACUUGGUAUUGGAACUUUUGCAAUAGCGUGGGGGUUAGUUUCGAUGAAGAAAAGUCGGUUCUUCCCGACAAUAGUUCGACAGACCAUUGGAGACUUUGCAGUCUUCAUCGCUAUUUGUUUAAUGGUGGUAUUUGAUGCAAAAUUAGGAGUACUUACUCCGAAGCUAAUGGUUCCAGAUAAAAUUCAGCCUUCAUUACCUACGAGGCCAUGGUUUAUAAGUCCCUUCAGCUCUGGGAAUCCAUGGUGGACAAUGAUACUUGCAUCACUACCAGCGAUUGUAGCUGUAAUUCUGAUUUUUAUGGAUCAACAAAUUACAGCUGUUAUCAUAAACAGAAAGGAAAAUAAGUUAAAGAAAGGUUGUGGCUACCAUUUAGAUUUGACAGUGGCAACGAUAUGUAUUGUGGUGUGUUCUUUUUUUGGUCUUCCGUGGUAUGUUGCUGCCACUGUACGAUCAAUGUCACAUGUAAACAGUCUCAAAAUGGAAUCUAAAUGUACUGCACCCGGUGAGAAGCCAGUUUUCCUUGGAUGCAGGGAACAGCGACUGACUCCUCUGGUUAUCGCAAUCCUGAACGGGUGUUCUGUCUUUAUGACUAAAAUGUUACAGCUUGUACCCAUGCCUGUUUUAUAUGGAGUAUUUAUGUACAUGGGAGUAUCAGCUUUCCGGGGAAUGCAGUUUAAGGACCGUUUUUUGAUAAUGUUUAUGCCAGUAAAAUAUCAACCAGACAGAAUGUAUCUUCGCCAUGUCAGGAUCAAUCGAGUACAUCUAUUUACAUUUUUUCAAAUUUUAUGUUUGGGAAUACUAUGGGCCAUUAAAGCUGUAAAAACAAUAUCGAUUGUUUUUCCUGUUAUGGUACUCGGAACAUGUUUUGUAAGAAAAGGAAUGGAAAGAAUUUUUACAAUGAAUGAAUUAAAAUGGCUUGACGACCAGAACUUAGAAGACAAAAUGAUGAAGCAAGAAGAUGCUGGUGAAUUGAUUGUUGAAGAUGAUGACGAAGAUGACGCUUUUGUUGAUGAAGGCCCAAUAGAAUUUUUAAAGCAGAGCAAAUGCAGAAAAAUAAAUUCAACCGGUAAUAUUUCAUGGUAUCUUAAACGUGAUUCAACAUCAACUGGUAGAUCUAAGGAAGAUAUUUUAAAAGAUUGUCCAGUAGAAUUUUUAAGGAACUAUAGAAGACAAUCAACUGGAAGUUUAUACUGGCAUCCCAACGAUAAUACAACAAUACACAGAAGAGAUAGAAAAAUAGAUUUCAAAAUAGAUGAGGACAGUAUCAUAUAAUACAAGAGUGAUAAGGAGGCUUUUGCUUUGUGUGACGGUUGUGGAUGGCCUUGGCUAUAUACCAGGAGAUGGCGUAUUAUACUUCAAAAUAUAUCACAUUGUGUUGCAGCCAGCUAUAAAACUUAAGGAUCUUUUAAAGUUAUAUAAAAGCAUAAAUAACCUAACUCGAAGAAUUACAGCGCCCCCUUACGGUCAUUGUCCUCCAGUGGAGUGAUCGUAAUAUAACGACUGGAUUAUUCGGGUUAUAAAUAACCAUGUAAAUACAACGUAUCAUGCAAUGUUAUAUAGGUGAAAAGGAUAUGUAUGGGAUGACAAAACAUCAUUUGCCUAGAUCUUUUCAAUAAACAAUAAACAUAUCUAUACAUUA